GUUCAAGACGGGGUCACACGCGCCAAAACGGUAUAUAUGAUAUCGCGUUAACUGGUAACCAGAUUCGGUCAUCAGAGAGUCUCAGUAAGGUACUUCUUAAAACACAACGAUGAAGUUGUUCAUUGCCUUGACGACCUGCCUUUUCUUGGCUACGGGAAGCGAUGCCUUCCUGGGGAAAGUCGGUCAAUUUUUUAAAGACGUCGGCCACGACAUCGGUCAGGCAGCGAAGCCCAUUGGGGAAGAACUUCUGAGCACUCUGGAAUCCACCGGGAAGAAUCUUCUGUCUCAGACUGUACAAGACCUUCUCCUCCACUUGGGAAACGUAGGCAAGAGAGAGAUUGACUUCAUACAGAAAGCUGCGGGUUUCAUCAAGGGUGUUGAAUCAUUCAUCUCCAACAAGGUCACUCAGUUCAAGACUCUGUUCGGGACCGUUCUCAACAAACUGUCUGCCAUCCAGGGCAAGAUCUCCAACCUGUCCUUCCUCACCGAGCCCAUCAGCAACCUAAUCGAAGAGAUUGAACACACCGUUGCUGGCCACAACGCCAUCGCCGACACCCUUCUGGGAAAGACCGUCGAAGAGGCCAGCAACUUCCUGAAACCUCUGCUCGGAGGCAGCAGGAGAGGAAUCCUAGACAACCUGGGCCUAACGAAUAUCGGAAAGUCCCUGGCCGACCUCUUCAAGCCCCACAUCGAUUCCCUGAAGACUUUGGUGACUACAGCCGGUAAUACUCUGAAACAGCAUGCCACGAACCUGAUGAAUGCCGUGAAGGGCUCCGUCAAUGAGCUGGGAACCAAGCUCCAGACCCACGUGGACACCCUGAAGACCCAUCUGGGCACCAUUACCAGUACCGCCGGGGAGGCCCUCGCCACCCUCAAGGACGCCGUCGGGCAAGUCAUGCAGGACACGUUUUCCAGCCUGCACAACCCGGUGAAUGGCAUCGUGAACACCUUGACCAAUGCCGCUGGUACCGUGGUCAACCACGUCGCCUCCAAACUGAACCCGACCCAGCCUUAAACUGUACACAGGCUAUCUCCUUUGGGCGAGAAAUAAAGACAGUUGUUCCUUCAUAACUUA